AUGUUGGCUUGGUUUCUUCUCAACUUCCUCAUUCUUCUAAUAAUUACUCAGCAGUUCGCGUCGAGACCAAUUGUUCAUCGAAAUGAGACAAUCAUCGAGAUUGUCGCGAAUAAUAGUAAUAACGCCGCACAUAAUUCAAGUCAGAAGUUAAUUGACACAAGCAUAUUCAUCACGUUAAAAGAAAAUGAUUGGCGGGAUGCGCAUGAAGGAAGGAUGAUCAUCUGGAGUCACGAAUCCCAACAUCAUCCCGACUAUGGUCGUGCGUAUACCGGAAAACGAGUUAACUAUGACCAAAGAUAUACAAAAUCAUCGCAGCUCAUGUCAUUUUGCAUAUUGGGUUCUGUAAUCGGGUUCAUUUUGUACACUUAUUUUUCGCAUGUUUUGAUGGUCCGAAAACUUAAUCGAGAAAUGGAGGCGAUGAAGUUGAGAGAACUUGUCCAUCGAUCAGCUCUAAUCAUGGCUGGCUCGGCACAACAGAAUGAGUUCGAAAUCUCCGAACGUCGUCGAUCUCUCAUCAACAUUUUCAGAUCCUUCAAACUCUAA